GAGGAUGGGCAUAUGCAGUGUUCUUCCGAUGAAAAGAACGUAAAUGCGUUAUUUUGUAUUUGGGAUUAUGAUGUUUAUUCAUACUUGUUCCAACUUUGUAUAACGACGCAUCUUAUCAAGAUGGCUUUCUUAAGGUUAUCGAGCAAUGCACACAAUCCAUGGAUGGUUUCUAGACACUCAAAAUGGCAGGUUGUGUUUUUUAUUCUCUGCUUUUAUGGAGUGGACGUCAUAUAUUGCAAUGCGAGAUAUUCCAUCACAGAGGAAAUGCCAGAGGGAUCAUUCGUUGGAAACAUCGACAAGGAUCUGGGGAUAGAGAUAAGUAGACUCAUAUCUGGAAAAGCUCGCGUCGUAACAAAGGGCGGACGACAGUAUGUCGAUUUGAGCAGAGACAAAGGGACUCUAGUAGUUAAAGAAAGGAUAGAUCGCGAGGAACUCUGUAAGCAAACGACGCCUUGCAGCUUCAGCUUUGAUCUUAUCGCUGAAAACCCUAUCCAACUCCAUCGAGUCACAGUUGAGGUGCAAGAUAUAAACGAUAAUGCUCCGUUAUUUCCGAAAGAAAAUGUUAAUUUGGAAGUAAGUGAAAAUGCAAUUUCUGGAACUAGGUUUCCUUUGGAUAGCGCAAUAGAUACAGAUGUAGGUCUAAAUGGAAUACAGAGCUAUAAACUACAUCCAACUGAUAGUUUUAAACUGGAGGUUCAUAGUCAGACUGAUGGCAGCAAAUACAUUGAGAUGGUUUUACAACGAGAACUAGACCGAGAGGAACGCGAUGAGAUUAAAUUGGUUCUUGUGGCAACUGAUGGUGGGUCACCUCAGAAAUCAGGCACUGUAAAAAUUCACGUUACUGUUCUGGAUGUUAAUGAUAAUGUUCCAGUGUGUAAACAGUCAGUAUUUAAAACUGAAGUUAGAGAGAAUUCACCUGCUGGUACUGUUAUCGGUACUGUUAGUGCUGCUGAUGCUGACGAAGGUGUAAAUGGCCAGGUUUCCUAUUCCUUUGCUGUUGCAAGCAAAGAAGCAAGGGAGCUUUUUGAGAUAAAUACAGACACAGGUGAAAUUAGACUUCUUGAUCAUUUAGAUUAUGAAUCUCAAAAUAGUUAUCAAAUAAAUAUUAAAGCGAGAGAUAAAGGGGGUCUCGCAGAUACCUGCAAAAUUGUCAUAGAUGUAAUUGAUGAGAAUGACAAUUCUCCAACCAUACAGCUGAUGUCGUUCUCAAACACCCUUCCUGAAAAUUCCCCAGUGGGAACAACUGUAGCCGUCAUUAACGUAGAGGACGCAGAUUCUGGUAAAAAUGGCCUUGUUCAGUGCUCAAUAAAUAAAAAUACACCGUUUAAAAUUGAGUCAUCUCUCACGGACUAUUAUAGUUUAGUUACUGAUGAUAUGCUUGAUCGAGAAAGUCUUGCUGAAUAUAACAUAACGAUCUUGGUGUCAGACCAAGGAAUUAAUGUGCGCCACGCUAACAAAACGCUUAAUGUAAAAAUAUCUGAUGUGAAUGACAAUCCGCCAGUAUUCGAGUUCGAGGAAUAUAAAACAUUUGUUAGUGAAAAUAAUUCUCCUGGUCUGACUAUAAUGACUGUUAAAGCAAAUGAUGCUGACUGGGGUCCCAAUGCGCAAUUGUCUUAUUUCCUGAAGGAUGAAGACAUGCGUGGUGCACCGCUAAGUUCUCUCGUAUCUGUAGAUUCACAUACUGGCACUAUUCAUGCAGUUAAAUCAUUUGAUUUUGAACAGUUGAAAUCGUUUGCCUUUAACGUGACAGCUCGAGAUGGAGGAUCCCCGCCCUUGAGCUCUGAAGUGACAAUAACUAUUAAUAUCCAGGAUCAGAAUGACAACGCUCCUCAGAUUCUGUAUCCAGUACAGACUGGUGCCUCUGUGGUGGCUGAGGAUCUCCUGCGCUUUCUAGUCAGAAAACUUUAA